CGGUUAGUCUGCGCGCGCGCAUCCCUUUGGCACGUCGCCAUUUUUGUUUCCGCGUCCCUUUAAUAAAUGAUAAAAGAAAGUUUUUUGAUACAAAUAUAGAAAGGUCAAUAGCGAUAACUCUAAUUUGACUUUUCAACUAUUUGAUUUGUUUUAAUUUGUAAAUAAAACUUCUCGUAAUUUAAAAUUGUUUAUCAUUGUAACUUAUUAUUGAAAAACAAUUUAUGCUAACAAUUUCUCAGAGAGUGUUCUGUUUUAUUAAUUUAGCUAGUGAUGUUCAAUUCAGUGAUAAAAACCGUAAUCACAAUAAGAUGAGACAUUCCAGCGUAAAUAUGUUAAAGUUGUGUUUUUUUUAUUCGUUUAUCAUUGCGUCAGUUCGGACGGAAUUGUAUGAGAACAAUACAAAUAAGAAUUUAAGUACAUACCCAUGCACGGACAAAAACCAUUUAUUCCUGGCGCCAGGAGUCUUGACGGCUGGUGGUACGAACAGAGCCUGCAUCUCCAGGUUCUUCCCUGAAGGCCCAGCGACGUUGCUCCUAACUCUUAGACGUGAAAACGACGAGACCACUACAGCAUCAAGGGAAUUACCGCCAGGUGACGGAGGCUGUUUAGACUUCUCUGUACCUUUAUUACCGAACACCAAAGCCGAACUCAACGUUAAAAUAAAGUACCCCGUAGUGCAAUGCAGCUGGGAACGUCACGUGACACUGAGGAUAUCCAGCGGAAGGGUGUUGCUGAUACACGCCGAGCGAGCCAGAUACAGGCCCGGGGACAUCGUGAAGUUCAGGAUUUUCGGAUUCAAAACUGAUCUGACUCCUAACACUGAUAACAUUGACGAAGCGUGGAUCGAAGGACCUCGUGGUGUCUGGGAAGGUACCCGCGUGGCGCAGUGGACGCGGGUUCGAACUAGGCUAGGACUUACUCAACUGCAGCAUUCUCUGGAUGAACUGGCGCCGACCGGGACGUACACCAUCAGAGCUAGACUCGCUGAUGGGUCACAGGGUUCAACUACAUUUUGGGUCGGCCAUUACGACCUGCCCCCAUUCCAGCUGACGGUUCGCCACGCACCUCGAGUCUUGCGUACCAGCGAGCGCCUUGUCUGGGUCGUUUGCGUGAGGUACCCGUGGUCUGAAGCUGUGGAAGGCAUGCUGGUGAUCCGCUUGCGAGGAGCCGGUAACGCUGAGAGCAGUCCCGGGAUCAGAACGGCGGUGAGGCUGCGAGCCCCGCGCGCGUGCCACCGCCACGCCGCCGCCGCCAAGAGGGUCGGGCUCGGCGGGGAACAUUCCCCCGACGUGCUUGUAGCUGACUUCUCCUUCCAAGAAGAAGGUACUAGAGUUUGGCAGAACACCACCGUGGUCUCUCAAGUCGUGGACAAGCCAAUAUCUCUGGAGUUCUUGACGAAGCACCGCGCUGUCAUAUCGCCCGGUCUCCCUUACAAGUUGAAGGUGAGGGCCGUGCAGUGGGACGACAAACCGGCGCGCGGCGAGCGGGUGUCGGCGUGCCGCGGGCCCGGCGCCGCGCCCAGCUGCGUCAGCGCGCUCACCGACGACUCCGGCGUGGCCAGCCUCAUGUUCCCCGCCGGAGACCCCAGCCCCUACUACAGGUUCGAGGCCUCACUGUCGCGGGACCCGAACGUGACGGCCGAGCCGCUGGUGCUGCCGGUGCGGGCGGCCGCGCUGCCCCAGGCGGAGCUGGGCCCGCUGCGAGCCGAGCCCGCGUCCAGCAGGACGUUCGUGCCGCUCUACCUCCACCUGCCCUCCGUUAACUACGCCAUCACUGUGCACUUUGUCGUAAUCACAAGAGGAGGGAUAAUAUACCGAUGGGGCGCCACCACCCAAUGUCCCGUAUCGAACUCGAUAGAUCAAAUACAAACCGCUUCCAGAAACACACAAUGCCCUAACUAUCUAACUCGAGAGAAUUACAGUCGCACACUUCGUAACUUAUACAACACUCUAAACACCCAAUUCAGUUCUCAACGUAACUCACACAGCACUCAAAGUAACUCACAAAGCACUCAAAGUAACUCAUUCAGUCCUCAACGUAGCGCGUCAACUCGUAAUGACUCACUAACUCAGGACGUGUCGGACGCGCUCCUGGAUCGACACCUGCUCAGGAUCAUGCUUCCGAUCAAAAUAAGUCACCAAAUGUGCCCGGACAGCCAUCUGGUAGCUUACUUCUACUACAACGGGGAGCUGGUCAGCGCCAGCAAGCACUUCGAGAUGGAGGAGUGCUUCGGGAACAAAGCCGAAGCAACGUGGUUGACGCGGCAAGUCUUGCCCGGCUCCACUGCGUCGCUGCGGGUGGAAACGCCCGGCCCGGCUCUCUGCGCCCUCUCGGUCCUCGACGCGGCCGCCAAGGGCCCCACACCCGCGCCCUCCGUGAGGGACGUUCUCGUCUCGGAGCUGACCACACUAAUCAACGGCCAUCGGAACCUGACGGAGUACGACGCGUCCGGAGACUGCUUUUUAAACGUGGACACACCCGACCUCCCGACCUCCAGCGCGGAGCUGGCGGCCGCGUGGCUGGCGGGGGCCGGGGUGAGGGUGGUGGGGGGCGCCCUCCCCGCGACCCGCCACUGCGCGCCCGCCCCCCUGCCCCUCACCAACAUGGACGACGGGACCAAACUCAGAAGCGACUUCUCUGAAGCUUGGCUGUGGCGUCUAUUGUCGGUCGGUCCCAACGGCACAGCGACAGCGAACGCCCGAGCACCAGACUCCAUUACCAGGUUCGAAGCCAGCGCGUUCUGCGUCUCCAAAACUGGAGUCGCCAUAUCUCCGCCCGCCGUGUUGCAGGUGUUCCGAGAGCUGUUCAUCCACGCGGACUGCCCGCGGCGGCUGCGGCGCGGUGACGUCACCUUCAUGAGAUACCGGAUAUUCAACUACUUGUACGAACAAAUCAGUAUUGAAAUAGCCAUAACAGCAGACCUCAAUAUCGAGGUGUCUCCGAAAACGGAGACGGCCUGCGUCGCGGCACGCUCGUCGUUCGCCGGGAGGGCGGAGCUUAAAGCUCGCCUCGCGGGGACCUCGCGCCUGCAAGUGCGCGCCAACGUGCGACCCGACCCGAACUGCGGGCGCGCCGCCGUCACCGCCAGCGACGCGGUGCAGAUACAGAUAUCGGUGGACCCCGAGGGGGCGCCCGUGCAGGACUACAAGUCGGCCCUGCUCUGCGGGAGCGACAGCCGAGAUUCAGGAAAGCCGUUAAUCACGUGGCUGUGGCCCAAAGUGCGUGCCGUGCCCGGAACCGAACAGGUGACAGUGUGGGCGACUGCUGAUCCCACCGGACCUUUAUUGGCUGAUGCUGAUGCAUUAGUGCAGCUACCCCGGGGAUGUGGAGAGCAGAACAUGGCCAGACUGGCCACUAACCUUCUGGCUCUGGAGCAGCUGGACCCCAGGUCCGGGGCGGCCACGGCAGCCCGGGAACACGUCCUCAGAGGAUUCAAUCGCCAACUGCAGUAUAUCCAUCCCAGUGGAGGGUUUAGUGCUUUCGGAGCUUCUGAUUCAACGUCUUCGACGUGGCUCACGGCCUUCGCCUUGAGAUACAUGAAGAAAGCUCACAAAGUGCUGUGGCCGAACCUGCCGCCUCCCCCCGCGCUGGACCGAGCCGAGCAGUGGCUCACUCACCAGCAGAUGGAGAACGGCUGCUUCCGGAACGAAGGUCAGGUCUUCCACAGGGAACUCAAGGGAGGUCUGAACGUAGAAGGAGAAAUAGCCAACAUAGCGUUAACGGCUUAUGUCGUCACGUCUCUAGUGGAAAUCAAUUCCCCUCUCUCCUUCAAACUCCUCCGAAACUCCCUCUCCUGUCUCCGAGCUCUCCCCCCGCACAAAUCCAAGAGCCCCAACAAGAUAUAUGCCCACGCUUUGCUGUCCUACGCCUAUAUGAGGCUGAAGCGAUAUGAAGAGGACUUGAGGCAAACCAAUGAGGCGUGGACUUGGGAUGGAAGGAAAGCUGAGGGGCUGAUGGAAGAUGAAGAGUUGAGGGAGGUGUUGGAGUUAUUGAAGAUGGCCAAGAGAAGUGGAGAGUUUAUGUGGUGGGAGACCACCAGCCUGUCCAGCACGGUGGAGGCGACGGGGUACGCGCUGCUGGCGCUGCGGGACAGUCCGCCGGCGGUGCGGGAGCGGGGCCGCCCCGCGCUGGCCUGGCUCGCCGCGCAGCGCUCCACCACCGGGGGAUUCGUCUCCACGCAGGACACUUUAGUGGCGCUGGAAGCUCUGAUAGCCUGGUCCUCUCUCUUGCCGAAGACGCAAACAAACUUGACGAUAGUGGCACAAACCAACAAGAUGAGUGCGAGCACGAGGCUGACGCCUGGCUCCAGGGUACCAGACCUCAUGAAGCUGGGUCCGGCCGACAAGCUCAGCGUUAUCGUUGAAGGGUCGGGGUGCGCGCUGGUGCAGGCGACGCGCUCCCACAGCACGCUGCAGUCGGACGAGCUGCACGACAAGCGGCUGCUCGUGCAGGUGUCCGUGCGCACCGACGGACCCUUCGACUGCGACGCCAACACCACCUUCUGCUUCUGCGCCGCCGUCGUAGAGGUCUGUGUGCUGUGGAGCGGUGACUUCCCCGAGAUGGCGCUGCUGGAGGUCAGCCUACCCUCAGGGUUCGGAGCGGACGCUGCACGACUGUAUUCGCAGCUUCACAAGUCUGAGACGUUACUCCGCCGCAUAGAGGUGUCUGCGGGCGGCGGGCGGGCGACGCUGUACCUGGGCGCGGCGGGCGGGUGGGGGGCCGGGGGGGCGCCGCGCCGCUGCUACCGGCUGCACGCGGUGGGGCCCGCCGCCCGGACCCGGCCCGGACACGCGCGCCUGCGGGACUACUACCGGCCCGCCGUCAACGACACCCAGAUGUUCACAAUACCCGAAGACUGUCCGCCGCCGGUCUCCCCGGAGACGAACGACUACCACAAUUCGGACAACCUGUUCACCAAGGCCAAGUCUCCGGGGAGCGAGAUCCUCAUCACCGACGAGUACAGCUUCGAGGACAUCCCCGACGGGAUACCGCUCGAUGACCCGCUCUACGUCUACGAGAACCUCGUCAAGAGAACUGAUGACGUAAGCGACAGUGUUGCCAGUAAUUUCGAGUCCGUACCGAAUAGUAGUAAAAUAGAUAAUUUCAAAAUUAAUUGUAGCGGUAGUUUUAAUGACAGUAAAACGUUUGUAGAUCACAAAUUGGCCGCUUCAGAGUUGAUUAAAGGUAUAUCCAUGUUAAAUAGGAGCAUUGAACAUUUUGAUACUCAUAUCAAGAAAAAUAAUAACACAAAAUAUACAGUAAAGGAAAGUAAUAUUGACAGUGAUAUUGGAAGUGACAUGGCAACUUCGGUUGACAAUCCGAAUUUAUCGCAAUUCCAUGUAAUUGACAGCGAAAAAGAUUUAGAUGUGCCCUCCGGUGUGGAAGGGCCGGUGCCAACGAUAGUGUUGCCACCACAAAACUUUGUGUUGCCAACAAAUAAUUUUAAUUCACCCCAAAGCAUAGAAAGAAGAGAAUACUACCUUAAUAGUAAUAGUAAUUCUAGACAUUUAAAAAGACAAAAUUACGGCUCCAAUUAAUUGAAAUUGAACAAAAAUUAAUGGAUUUACUUAAAGAUUUUAAGACUGUAGUAUUUAUAUUAAUCUAUUUAUAGUUAUUGAACAUUAAGAGACUAAGUGUAAAAUACUUGGAUGUUGGUAACAUUUCGCUAGUGUUGAAGUCCUUGCUAGUGGAACUUUCUUUGCUAUUUCUACCUAUUUUUUCCUGUCACACGGAUGGUUACGAUCAUCCUUAUGUCUACCGAACAUCAUAGGUAGGACAACCUAUAAAUACAUAAUAAUAUAAUAUGAUUGAAUUUUCGUAAUGACUCAAAAAGGGCGGUAUUAUUCAUUUUGAAGUAUUUAAGAGCUUCAGUAACUAAUCCUAAAAGUAGCCAAUAAACACACAAAUAAAUAGAUUUAACAUUUAAUUUAUCUAUUUAUAUAUAAUAACGUGUUUCAACUGUCAAGCUUUUUAAAGCGGGCUUUGAUAAUAUCAAAGAAUAUAGGUAAUUAAAAACUACUUGUAAGGAUUAAUCUCGUAUUUUUUUUUGUCAUUGUAUUUAUUUUUCGACAUUUCGGAUCAUUUACGUAAAUUAGUGUAAAAGUAAUAUUAAUUUCAUGCUUAAGAUUCACGAGAAAAUAAAAAUAAGAAAAAUAAAAAAUAAAAAAGUUGGUGACAUUUUCCCUCUAUGCACCGUAGUUACGAUUAGCUUAAUACAAACUGACGAUCAGCGCGCAACUUACUAGCGAUAACGAUUUUAAAAAGAUUACACUAUAGUAUAAGAUUGAUUCGGACUAGACCUAGUGAUUGUCGGUUAGCUAGGCUCGACAACGACAUUGUGUACACAGAAACCUCUAUUCGCAUUUAUUUAGUUUUUAAUACUAUUAAUAAAUACAUAGAUAAUAAAUAAGCUGAAAAGCUAUUUGGUUUAAGCGACAUUUCGCUUAAUAAGCGACAUUUAUCUUUGUAAUUAUAGAUUAGUUUUAUUUAUAUACUAGCGACCCCCUCGCUUCGCUUCGGAAACAUUAAAUUUUAUUACUGAUAGCUGAGUCCCGCGAUGUUACCCGCGGUUAUUGUCGUACCGCGGGUGACGCCACGGGGCAAAGCCAGUCUAAAAAAAGUUACUCCUUAUAUCAUCAGCUACCUAUCAGUGAAAAUCUCGUCAAAAUCGGUCCAUCCGUUCCAAAGAUUAGCCGGAACAAACAGACGGACCAAAAUUGUAAAAAAAAUUAUUUUGGUGUAUGUACGGUAUAUAUAAAUAUAUUCAUAAUAAUAUGCAUGUAGUAAAAAGCUGUUAUUUCAAUAUUACAAACAGACACUCCAAUUUUAUUUAUAUGUAUAGAUUAGCAUUAACAAUUCGUUCAUAAUUGAACUUCAAUUAAGUUUACCCCACUCAAAUACGUGGAGAACUUUUUUGCUACGAUAUUAUUUUCAAAAUUUUAAACUUUAAAUGUUCCUUUGAAGUUGCAAAAAUGUCGCUUAAACAAUACAAGCUUUCACCUGUCGAUAUGAUGAACUAAAAAAUCCUUAAUAUUUAUUUACACGGAGCGGGUAGGUUUAAAUAAAAUCAACAUAAAGUAUACUUCGGCACGACACUUAUAUCGAUUUACGAAGCGGUGCUAUGUUAUAUAAUGUUAGGUUAUAUAUAAUCUUACUCUAUGCGUCAAUGAUUGAAAACGUGUUUAAUUAAAGCAAUAAACUCGUGACGUAUCUAAAUGCUACUAACUUCGUGUCCGACUUAUCGUGCGGUCGUCGCACUGUCGAUAACUCCAACAAAAUUUAUCCUUAAGUUCGCAUAGGGAUAGGAUGUAAAACAAUUUAGCUAUAAUCACACUUAUUUAAACCGAUUACUUAAUAAGGACGUAUUUAUUUUCAUUGCAACUUAAAAAGAAAAAUAUAUUAUAUAGGCUGUGAAUAAAAACUUUUUACUAAAA